GCACUCACAAAACGCUCAUGUGUAUAUUCUUUUUGGUUUAGUUCAAGUCUGCGUUCGUAAGCACACAUUUUUGGUUAUAUGUUCAGCAUUUCCACCAAUCGCAUGAGUGCGCUACUGAAGUCCAUUGCGCUCAUCGUAAUCGGAACCGUGAUACUGUUCCCUUCUCCUCAACUGUUCCUUUUCAGUCAAUCUGGGCGUAUUGUCACCACGCAACCGUGGUUAAUUGGGGUCAAAGGAAUGAUUGGCAUCCAAGAGGUAGAGAGGCACCUUUGUGGGGUACCAAGGGACACCGUCCAAGGAUGUAUUACACGCCGAGCGGGUCGGAGUUCUCGACGCCGGCACAAAAUACGGUACGGGGAGGCUCAGGCACACAAUACGAAACUGCGAAACGAGAAGACUAUGGUACGAGACCCAUUUACACGCUCAUCGACACGUAUUCAUCGACGAUGUACUAUUUCCGUGCAGAGCGACCGCCGACUGUGUGUAUGUUCGCAGGACGAAAGGGAGGGCUUGGGAGGUUUGUUGUGCUGUGUUCGGAGAAGUGCAAUAUCAAUGAGCUGCACAAGGAUCUAUGCCUACGCUGUAAACACUGCUAAACACCGGCAAACACCGCCUGCUGCUCGACCCUCUGCAUAGGGGCCCCCCACCCCAGCGCGUCAACAAAAUACCUAUUCAUGUCUACUGCGAAGUACUCGGUUCCUUUUUUGAUAUAUUCCUGCUAUUAUUGUCACUUUUGCUCCCCGAAUCUAGCUUGUUUCGUUGUCUUUUUCAAUGUACCUCGUUUAAUGGUUCAUCGUGGGGUCGCGACGGAAUCUUCUUUUCCAUACGAUAAAGCAAUACCUAGUGGGAAAAAGUAUAGCCCAGCGUAAAUUUCUCGACAUAAGGAUGUAGUAGUAUCGAUACUCGUUC